GUUAAACUUUAUUCAUUUUACUUACAUCCAAGUGUUUUAAUAAUUGAACGUUUUCAUUUAACAUUGUGUUAUUUAUUUUGGGCGGUAUCGACGCAACACAGACUCGCUGGCCAAAACAAACCCGGAAGUGAGGUUGAAAAAAAAAAAAAAACAUAAACUUUGCACUUUAGACCCAGGCCAUGCUCUGGUUCAUUGGACGUAAAAAGAUCACUUUCACGUUUGCUUCAACACUCAUAUUUUGAGUACUAAUUCCCCCAUCGCGUUUGAGAUCAAAAUGUAAAAUUGCGUCCCUUCUGGACAGUCGCGACAUAUGAACCAAACAAAAAUGGAAUUCAAAGAAAAGGGAAAUUACAGUCGAAUCCCAACUGGGGACUGUACGGGAACGCUUGAAAAGGGGCGCCUUGACGUCCCGUGCGGGCGGCCAGAGAAGGCAAUGGGACUUCAAGUCAGCGCGUACACUGCGACCACCUGGAUGCUUGUUGUUUGGCGUGCUUGCAAUGGGAUGAUGUCUUUAUUCUUUGGCUUGGCUACGUACGUACAGAUCAACGACCCGGACGCAGCCUUGUGGAUGUUCGGUUACGGCAUCCCCGCCCUCCUCUGUGCGCUCAUUGGCCUCAAACCCCACGUGACAGAAAUGUUGCCAUGGAGACGUGUAGCUGACCUGCACAUCAUGCUGUGCACUGGGAUGCUUCUGAUCAUCGGAUGGAAGCUUUAUGGACUGAACAUGUCUGGUGUCUUCCAAGAAGAGGAGGCCAGAGAGUUUGGUGGUGUGGUGUUGACAGUGUUGUGGCUUCUGCUGUGUCGUCACUCCGGAAGGUCGGCGGUGGGUAAACUGAGAGUGUCGGCAGCCAUCCUCGUCACCCUUUUCCCGUUUGUAAGCUGGUUUUACUUCCACGCUCACGAGGAACUGCGAGCUAACUGGCCAUCCCACUGCAAGACUGCACUUUGACAGCAACAAAGCCACACUUCAUUGUCUGUAUGACUGAAAAUUAUGGACCAAUAACUGCUUGAUGAAGCAAGAUGUGCUGUUUUGAGCUAUAAUUGUCUCAUUAAAUUUAGCAGUAUUUUUUGUGAAAUAAGAUGAUAUACCUUGUCCCAACGUUUUUUACAUUGUGCUAUAAAAAUAAAUACAUCUAUC